UCUACCGUUAGCACAACUUUUCAUACAGAGGAAGGUCCCGCUUGUUGUUGUGUUUUGAAGCACUUCACAAAUACAACAAGGUUGCGACUCGUUAUUUCUGACUGUUUAGUCUUCUAAAUAUAUCAGUAAGCAUGACUCAGGCUGAGAAGGAGCAGGACAACGGGAAGGAGAAAGAAAAGGAACGAGACAAGGAGAAAGAGAAGGAGCAACAACGUGGGGUGAAAAGACCCAUCGCUCCUCCGGCCAUCCCAGACCCACUGCAGGAGCAAAUACAGAGCAAUUUUAUAGUUGUCAUCCACCCUGGCUCAAGGACACUCCGCAUUGGUCGAGCAACAGACACUCUUCCGGUGACACUCCCACAUGUGAUAGCACGCAGACACAAGCAAAGUGGACAGCCCAGAUGUGAAGACUCCUGGCUGCUGAGAGAUGGUCUAAAUAAACCAGAGAGUAAUGAGCAGAGGCAGAAUGGGCUUAAAAUGGUCGACCAGGCAAUCUGGUCCAAGAAGAUGUCGAAUGGAGUGCGGAGGACACCCGUGUCCGCUGAACAGGCCAGAGCUUAUAACUGUCAGAUCCGUCCGGCAGUGCUAGACACCAGCUCUAGGGUGAAGUGGACCAACACAGCCCACCAGCCUCCUCAUCUGGUGGGAGAGGAGGCUCUUUAUGUGAAUCCAUCUGACUGUUAUAACAUCCACUGGCCUGUUGUCAGAGGUCAGCUCAAUGUGCAUGCCAGGCCCGGGGGCUCACUGACAGCUGUCCUGGCUGACCUCGAAACCAUCUGGAGUCAUGUUAUUCAAAAGCAUCUGGAGAUCCCCCUCAAAGAUUUAAAGUAUUACAGAUGCAUCCUACUGGUCCCCGACAUCUACAACAGGCAGCACAUCAAAGAAGUUGUCAACAUGCUGCUGCUUAAUAUGGGCUUCUCAGCGAUCAUAGUGCACCAGGAGUCGGUGUGUGCUACAUUUGGCAGUGGGCUGAGCAGUGCUUGUGUCGUGGAUGUCGGAGACCAGAAAACCAGUCUUUGUUGUGUAGAAGACGGAGUGUCCCAUCGGAACUCCAGACUGUGUUUGGCGUAUGGUGGCUCGGAUGUGACCCGUACUUUCUUCUGGCUCCUGCAGAGGGCGGGCUUUCCUUACAGAGACUGUCAGCUGUCCAGCAGACUGGACUGUCAGCUCCUGCAGCACCUGAAGGAGACUUUCUGCCAUCUAAACCAAGACAUAUCAGGACUACAAGAUCAUGAAUUCCAGACACGUUUCCCAGAAGCCCCAGCUUUUCUCUACCAAGUUCGACUAGGGGAUGAGAAAUUACAGGCACCCAUGGGUCUCUUCUACCCGACCACGUUUGGCAUCGUAGGUCAGAAGAUGACAUCACUUCAGUACCGUUCCCAAGGCGACUCGGAGGAUCCUCAUGAUGAACACUACCUGCUGGCCACACAGAGCAAACAGGACCAGUCCUCCAAAUCUGCUGCUGACAGAAAGGCUAUUUCCAGACCAGGUGGUGGUUUGGAUGGUGAGAUGAGCAGUCAGGGAGGUAUUGGGGAGCUCUCUGACCUGACGAGGGGCUGUGGGAGUGGUGUUGGUGGAGGAGGAAUGAAAGGGGAGAUGGAGCUUGGGCCUGCCCAGGGGGAGUGUCUGAUGGGCGCUGGAGAGGUGGAAGAGCCCCUGUCUGCACACCUCUCCAGGAAGACCGCUAUCAUGAGCCAGUUUGAGAGCAAAGCACUGGGCCUGGAUAAAGCCAUCCUGCAUAGCAUCGACUGCUGUGGAUCAGAUGAAACCAAACGUAAGAUGUACAGCUCCAUCCUGGUAGUGGGAGGAGGGCUUAUGUUUCAUGGUGCUCAGGAGUUUCUGCUUCACCGCAUCAUCAACAAGAUGCCGCCCUCAUUCAGAAGACUGGUAGACAACGUGGAAGUUAUCACACGGCCAAAGGACAUGGACCCUAGGCUGAUAUCGUGGAAGGGUGGAGCAGUGCUGGCAUGUCUGGACACCACUCAGGAAAUGUGGAUCCACCAAAGGGAGUGGCAGCGCUUUGGUGUUCGAAUGCUCCGUGAGAGAGCUGCCUUUGUCUGGUGAAACCAACACGGUGUCUACACAGGAGGCGUAGCUUGGGCAGUGUGUCAGCGGAGCAGCAGCUUCAGUGCUCAGUGUCCACACACAGGAUGAUUUCAGGCACAGUUAAACAUGCAGAAAGACUCAGUAGCUCUAAAUGUCAUGACUCUUGAUCAAAUUCAUGCAGAACGUAAAUCUGUGUUGUGGAAUGAAAACCACAAGUGUUUGACAGCACUGCCAACACCAUGUGGAAAAUUUUCACCAAUCUGUAUUUUCCACUUGUGUUGCCUGUUUUUUUUUCCAACAUAAACCCAGAUGAGGUCAUUAUUGUGUAACUUUUGAACAGUAUUCUGUAAAUAGUGAUGCAAUUCUCCCAUGUCCCUGUGUGUAAAUAAACCUGUCACAGUUGUAUA